AUGAAUGAGCCCCACUCGUCUCUGGCGUAUGAAUAUGGCCGGUGCCAGGAAGCAUGGGCGCCCGCCUCUGCACCGUCCACGCCGGAGUGGUGCAGUUACAGCGAGCGGCUCAUCCCAAGCAGGGCCUCCUCGAGCCUGGAGAGCGGGCCCCCGCUCUUGGACGAGGGCGCGCAGCAGCCACCGGGCAGCGCGGCAGACGGCACGAGAGACGAGAACAGCGCGGCCUACGCGCAGCUCCUGCGCAGCGAGCUUCUCGGGGCACGCCCUCGGCUGGGCAGGGGCGAGGAGGGGCGGAGUGCGCCAGACUGCAGGAACGUGCUCCGGUUCAAGUCUGAGCCGCAGUUGUCUCAGGGCGGCGCCUUCUCGCUGUCCCCGGUCCCUCUCCAUGGCCACGACGUCCUCGGCACUCCGCGGAGGGCGCCCCGCAAGAUUGCCAGGGUCCCCUUCAAGGUGCUCGACGCGCCCCAGCUCCAGGACGACUUCUACCUGAACCUGGUAGACUGGUCUGCGGCCAACGUGCUGUCGGUCGGGCUGCACAGCUGCGUCUACCUGUGGAGCGCCCACACCAGCCGCGUGACCAAGCUGUGCGACCUGGGCGCCGACGACACGGUAACCUCGGUGAGCUGGACGCAGCGGGGCAGCCAUUUGGCCGUGGGAACGAACAGGGGAGAGGUCCAGAUUUGGGAUCCAGCCCACUGUCGUAAGCUGCGGACUAUGACUGGCCACUGCGGCCGUGUUGGGACGAUGGCGUGGAAUGGAUACGUUCUGUCCACCGGCAGCCGGGACCACAGCAUCUUGCACAGGGACGUGCGACAGCAAUCACACUACACGUCGAGGUUACAGGGGCACCGUCAGGAGGUCUGCGGCCUGAAGUGGUCGUAUGACGAGCAGCAGCUGGCCUCAGGAGGCAACGACAACAAGUUGUACGUGUGGAAUUUGCGGUCCACCUCGCCAGUGCUGAGACUCAACGAGCACCAGGCAGCGGUCAAGGCGAUCGCCUGGUCGCCCCACCAGCAUGGGCUGCUCGCCUCUGGCGGUGGAACUGCCGACCGGUGCAUCCGUUUCUGGAACACGAUUAACAACACGCCGCUCUCUUCCGUAGACACCGGGUCUCAGGUGUGCAAUCUGAUUUGGUCCAAGAACGUCAACGAGGUCGUUAGCACCCAUGGGUAUUCCCUAAACCAGAUCAUUCUCUGGAAGUAUCCCUCCAUGUCGAAGGUAACGACUCUGACAG